AUGUGCAGUAAUAGAGAAAAAUAUUGUCAUUUAUGGUACUUGAAGAAAGUUCCUAUCGGACUUCUUUUUGUCUUCUUGAAGAGUGCAUCUUGUGCGGACGUUGCACCUGACCACGUAAAAGUCGGAUAUAAUUUCGAUGCAUCCCAACCCGUCGUGAAGCAUGCGACCGUUUCAGCUAUUAAAAAACGGCACGUCACGAUCCCUUUCACAGAAAUCAGAAGCACUACAACGGUGCAUCCAGCUUUUGCUGUUUAUCAAAAUGCACCAAUUAUUACUCGUGUGUACCAACAAACUGCUGGGCUGUCUACUUCUCCCGUAGCAUCACUAGUGACCAGCAACAAUGAGCCUCCACUCAUCGCCGCUGGUACCACCCACCCAGCAGUUCCGGUCCUGGGGCCUAUCUACCACCCUGCUACGGUUGUUGCCACCAGACCAACGUAUGGAGUUGUCCACGCUACUCCGGCUGUUUCUGGCUUGAACAAUGCUGAUGCUUUCCAUGCCACGCCAGCUACUGUUAUUGUGAAGACUCACCCCGCCUUCGCUGCCUACAAGUCCGCUCCUGCAAUCAUGCGUGCGUACCAAUAUGCUCCCGGCUUCAGUCGUGUUUACCACCAGAUUUCAGUAGUUCCUCCAUCCGUCACUCACAUUUACCAUGCGUCCCCGCCAUUAUCCGCUGUUCCAGUUCUGGCCAGUGUGACCAAGUAUACAACCUUUCAAGCUGGUCAUACGCUCCCUACCGUUGCUACAACUCCUGAGUUUGCCCGCUACCCAACUGUGCCUGCCUUCAUGCGUACCUACGAGUACACUCCCGGGUCUGACUUCGGUUAUCCCACUUCAUCUGUGGUACCACCUGCGACUGCUGUUUCUAAACUGACGACUUUUGCUCGUCUAAACAACGCUCCGGAAGUCACAAAAUUAAUUACAACUCCAGUUGUAACCCAUACAUACCAGGAUACUCCAGGCACUGCUGCUGCUCCGCUUUCAACUACAGUUACCAAGGAUACCAUCUUGCAACCUGCUCCCCCCGUAUCUACAGUGACCAAGUAUUCGACGUUGCCAGCUACUCCGGCCGCCACUACUUUGAACACAAACGCUGCGUUUACACGUUAUCAGUCUGUUCCGGCCUUCAUGAGUUCCUACACGUAUACUCCUGGUUUUGAGCUUGGUUAUCCAAUUGUUUCUUUGGUUCCACCCGCGACUGCUGUUUCUAAAUUGACGACCUUUGCCAAUCUCAACAACGCCCCAGAAGUCACAAAAUUUUCUACAGCUCCAGUCGUAACCCAAGCACACCAGGAUCCUCCAGUCGUUGCUGCUGCUCCACUUCUGACUACAGUUACCAAGGAUACCAUCUUGCAGCCUGCUCCCCUUGUAUCUACAGUGACCAAGUAUUCGCCCUUGCCAGCUGCUCCAGCCGCAGCUACUGUUUUCACAAACGCUGCGUUUUCACGUUAUCAGUCUGUACCGGCCUUCAUGAGUUCAAACGAAUACACUCCUGGUCUUGGCCUUGGUAAUCCCACCCUUUUUGUGGUCCCACCUACAGCAGCUGUUUCUAAACUGACGAAUUUCGCCAGUCUCAGCAACGCCCCGGAAGCCACAAAAUUCGCUACAGCUCCAGACGUAACCGAAACAUACCAGGAUCCUCCAAUCGUUUCUGCUGGUGAACGUUUGCCUACAGUUAUCAAAGAUUCCAUCUUGCAAGUUAAUUCCCCCGCACCUGCGGUGACCAAGUAUUCGACAUUGCCAGCUGCUCCAGCCGCCGCUACCCUGAAUACAAACGCUGCGUUUACACGCUAUCAGUCUGUACCGGCCUUCAUGAGUUCCAACGAAUAUACUCCUGGGUUUCGCCUCGGCAAACCCACUAUUUCUGUGGUUCUACCUGAGACACCUGUAUCUAAACUGAUAACUUUUACCAGUAUUAACAACUUCCCAGCAGUCACAAAAUUCUCUACAGCACCAGUCGUAACACAAACAUACCCGGAUCCUGCAGUCGUUGCUGCGGAUUCACAUUUGCCUUUAAUUGCCAAGGAUUUCAUCUCUCAAGCUGCUCCCCCCGCAUCUGCCGUGACCAAGGAUUCGACCUCGCAAGCAGCUCCAGCCACCGCUACUCUGAUAACGAACGCUGCGUUCGCACGUUAUCUGUCUGUCCCGGGCUUUAUGAGUUCCUACGAGCAUACUCCUGAGUUUGGCCUCAGUUACCCCACUGUUCCCCUGGCUCCCCCUGCGACUGCUAUUUCUAAAGUAAUAACUUUUGCCAAUCUGAGCAACCCUCCGGAAGCCGCAAAAUCGACUACGGUUCCAAUCAUAACCCAAACAUACCAGGAUCCUCCAGUCAUCGCUGCUGGUCCACAUUUGCCUUCUGGUGUUAAGGAUUUCAUCCCGCAAGCUGCUCCCCCCGUAUUCACUGUGACCAAGUAUUCGACCCUUCAAGCUGCUCCCGCCGCCGGCUCUCCGUUCACAAACGCUGCGUUUAAACGUUAUCAGUCUGUUCCGGCCUUCAUGAGUUCCAACGAAUAUACUCCUGGCUUUGGCCUUAGUAAUCCCACUAUUUCUGUGGUUCCACCAGUGACUGCUGCUUCUAAACUGGCGGCCUUUGCCACCCUCAACAACGUCCCUGAAGUCACAAAAUUCUCUACAGCUCAGGUCGUAACUCAAACAUACCAGGAUCCUCCAAACGUUGCUGCUCGUUCACUUUUGCCUUUAGUUUCCAAGGAUUUAAUCUCGCACGCUGCUCCCCCCGUGCCUACUGUGACCAAGGAUGCAACCUCGCAAGCUGCUCCAGCCACCGCUACACUGAUCAGGAACUCUGCGUUCACACGUUAUUUGUCUGUCCCGGGCUUCAUGAGUUCCUACGAGCAUACUCCUGAGUUUGGCCUCAGUUACCCCACUGUUCCCCUGGCUCCCCCUGCGACUGCUAUUUCUAAAGUAAUAACUUUUGCCAAUCUGAACAACCCUCCGGAAGCCGCAAAAUCGACUACGGUUCCAGUCAUAACCCAAACAUACCAGGAUCCUCCAGUCAUCGCUGCUGGUCCACAUUUGCCUUCUGGUGUUAAGGAUUUCAUCCCGCAAGCUGCUCCCCCCGUAUUCACUGUGACCAAGUAUUCGACCCUUCAAGCUGCUCCCGCCGCCGGCAUUCCGUUCACUAACGCUGCGUUUACACGUUAUCAGUCUGUUCCGGCCUUCAUGAGUUCCAACGAAUAUACUCCUGGCUUUGGCCUUGGUAAUCCUACUAUUUCUGUGGUUCCACCUGCGACUGCUGUUUCUAAACUGGCGGCCUUUGCCACCCUCAACAACGUCCCUGAAGUCACAAAAUUCUCUACAGCUCAGGUCGUAACUCAAACAUACCAGGAUCCUCCAAACGUUGCUGCUGAUUCACUUUUGCCUUUAGUUUCCAAGGAUUUAAUCUCGCACGCUACUCCCCCCGUGCCUACUGUGACCAAGGAUGCAACCUCGCAAGCUGCUCCAGCCACCCCUACACUGAUCAGGAACUCUGCGUUCACACGUUAUUUGUCUGUCCCGGGCUUCAUGAGUUCCUACGAGCAUGCUCCUGAGUUUGGCCUCGGUUAUCCCACUGUUCCCCUAGCUCCACCUGCGACAGCUGUUUCUAAACUAACAACUUUCGCUAGUUUAAACAUCCCUCCGGAAGCCGCAAAAUCGACUACAGUUCCAGUGGUAACCGGAACAUACCAGAAUCCUCAGGCUGUUGCUGCUGCUCCAGCUUUGCCUCCAUUUACCAAGGAUUCCAACGUGCAAGUUGCGCCCCCCUUACCUGCUGUGGCCAAGUAUUCGAUAUUGCCAGCUGCUCCAGCCGCCACUACAUUGAACACAAACGCCGCGUUUUCACGCUAUCAGUCGGUUCCGGCCUUCAUGAGUUCCAACGAAUAUACUCCUGGCUUUGGCUUCGGUAAUCCCACUAUUUCAGUGUUUCCACCUUCAACAGCUGUUUCUAAAGUGACAACUUUUACUAGUCUCAACAACGUCCCAGAAGUCACACAAUUCUCUACAGCUCCAGUCGUAACCCAAACUUUCCAGGAUCCUCCAGUCGUUGCCACUGAUUCACAUUUGCCUUUAGAUGCCAAGGGUUUAAUCUCGCACGCUGCUCCCCCAGUGCCUACUGUGACCAAGGAUUCGACCUUGCAAGCGGCUCCAGCCACCGCUACACUGAUCAGUAACUCUGCCUUCACACGUUAUUUGUCUGUCCCAGGCUUCAUGAGUUCCUAUGAGUAUACUCCUGAGUUUGGCAUCGGUUAUUCCACUGUUCCUCUGGCCCCACCUGCAACAGCUGUUUCUAAACUAACAACUUUCGACAGUUUGAACGUCACUCCGGAAGCCGCAAAAUCGACAACAGUUCCAGUGGUAACCCAAACAUACCAGAACCCUCAGGUUGUGGCUGCUGCUCCGGCUUUGCCUACAGUUACCAAGGGUUCCAUCUUGCAAGUUGCUCCUCCCUUACCUGCGGUGACCAAGUAUUCGGUAUUGCCAGCUGCUCCAGCCGCUGCUACAUUGAACACAAACGCUGCGUUUACACGCUAUCAGUCAGUUCCGGCCUUCAUGAGUUCCAACGAAUAUACCCCUGGCAUUGGCCUCGGUAAUCCCACUAUUUCUUUGUUUCCACCCGCGGAAGCUGUUUCUAAACUGACAACUUUUACCAGUCUCAACAACGUCCCAGAAGUCACACAAUUCUCGUCAGCACCAGUCGUGACCCAAACCCUCCAGGAUCCUCCAGUCGUUGCCGCUGAUUCAAAUUUGCCUUCAGUUGUAAAGGAUUUCAUCUCGCAAGCUGCUCCCCCUGCAUCUAUUGUGAAAAAGUAUUCGACCUUGCAAGCUGCUCCGGCCGCCGGUGCUCCGUUCACAAACGCUGCGUUUACACGUUAUCAGUCGGUUCCAGCGUUCAUGAGUUCUAACGAAUAUACUCCUGGCAUUGUUCUCGGUAAUCCCACUAUUUUUGUGUCUCCACCUGCGACUGCUGUUUCUAAACUGACGACGUUUGCGAGUGUGAACGCUGCUCCGGAAGCCGCAAAAUCUACUGCAGUUCCGGUCGUAACCCAAACAUACCAGAGUCCUCAAGUUGUUGCUCCUGCCCCAGCUUUGCCUACAGUUACCAGGGAUUCCAUCUUGGAAGUUAAUCCCCCCGCACCGGUGACGAAAUAUUCGAUAUUGGCAGCUGCUCCAGCCGCCGCUAUUUUCAAUACAAACUCUGCGUUUACACGUUAUCAGUCUGUUCCGGCCUUCAUGAGUUCCAACGAGCAUACUCCUGGAUUUGGCCUCGGUUAUCCAACUGUUCCUUUCGCUCCACCUGCCACUGUUGUUUCUAAACUGACACCUAUAUCCACUCUCAACACCGCUCCUGCAGUCACAAAAUUAAUUGAAUCUCCGGUAGAAAGUCUAACUUCCCACGCUGCUCCAAGCGUUGCAGCUGCUCCACCUUUGCCUACUGUAAUCAAAUAUUCGUCCCUGCAACCUGCUGUUCCUGUACCUUUGGUGACCAAGUAUUCGACCUUGCAAACUAAUCCACCCGCCACUACUGUGUCCUCCCAUGCUGAGUUUACUCGAUAUCAGUCUGUCCCGGCUUUCAUGAGUUCUUACGAGAAAACUCCUGGAUUUGAUCUCAAUUAUCCGACUGUUUCACUAGUUCCACCUUCGACUGCAGUUUCUAAACUACCAACUUUCCCCAGUCACAACGCCGCUCCGGAAGUCACAAAAAUCACUGCGGCUCCAGUUGGGACCCAAACUUACCAGGUGCCUCCAGUGCUUGCUGCAGUUCCACCUUUGCCUACGGUGACCAGGUAUUCUUCCUUGCAUGGUGCUCCCGGCGCGGAAACUGUUGCCACAAACGCUGCGUUUACGCGAUAUCAGUCGGUUCCUGCCUUUAUGAGUUCCUACCAGUAUACUCCAGGAUUUGGCCACGGUUACCACACUGCUUCUGUAGUUCCACCUGCGUUGGCGGUUCCUAAACUGGCAAAUUACGUCAGUUUCAACACUGCUCACCAAGUCGGAACAUUUAUUGAAGCCCCCGUUGUAAGCCGUGUUUACCAUGCCGGUCAAGUCGUUGCCCCUACUUUACCUGCACCUGCGGUGAGCAAGCAUACGACAUUUCAACUUGCUCCUACCGUAUCUACAGUAGACACAAGUACUGGGUUUGACCGUUACCAGUCUGUCCCUGCGUUCAUGCGCUCUUACCAGUAUUCAUCGGGCUUUGAACAGGGGCAUCAUACCGUUUCCGCGGCUCCACAAUUGAUAGUUCCUUCUAAACUGACAACAUACCCCAAUAACAAGAAAGCUACAGGUUUCAUAAGCUUCACAGGAGCCCCAGCUAUACACCAUAUUUACCAGUCGUCCCCUGCCGUGGCCACGGUUGCACCUGUGCCUACGGUGACGAAGUAUUCAACCUUCCAAGGUAUUCCUGCUGUUGCCACUGUGGCCAGAAACACCGCGUUCGCACGUUACCAGUCUGUUCCGGCCUUCAUGCGUUCCUACCAGUAUACCCCUGGCUUCGGACGCGGGUACCACACCGUCUCUGUGGUUCCACCUGGGACUGAUUCUUCUAAAGUUGAAACUGAUACCGCUUAUAAUGCCGCUCCAGCAGUACACCAGAUUUACCAGGCUGCCCCAGCUUUGCCUAAAGUGGCCAUAUAUCCAUCUGGGCCACCUGUUUCAGCAGUGACUACGUUCGCGACAAGCCCACAGCUUGCGCAUUAUCCAAGAGUUCAAGACUUUACUCGCUCCGCCAAGUAUAGUUUUGGUUUGGGCCAAAACUACCACACAGUCGCCGUUGUGCCACCCUCUACCACUAUUUCUAAGGUAUCAACUUACAGCCCUCGUAACCCUACUCCCAUAGUUACGUCUUACGCUGCAACACCAAUCGUACACCCCGUAUACAGGGCUCCUCAAGUCGUCCCCACUGGCCCAUCUGUGUCCAGAUUGACAAAGUAUUCUUCUUUCCAAUCGUAUCCGGCUGUCUCUACCGUUGUGUCAAAGCCAGGUUUUGCUCGUUACCAGUCUGUGCCUGCCUUCAUGAGUUCCUACCAGCCCACUCCUGGCUAUGGUCGCAGCUACCACACCGUUUCCGUUGUACCACCGGCGACUGCUGUCCCUAAACUAUCAACUUACGCAUCUUAUAAUCCUGCUCCAGCAGUAACAACUUACUCAGCAGCGGCAGUGGUACGCCCCAUACACCACGCUUCUCCAGCUGUUUUCACAGCUCCAGCUGUCUCGAGCUUGACCAAGUAUUCGUCUUUCCAGUCUUAUCCGGCUGUCUCUACCGUUGUGUCAAAACCAGCUUUUACCCGUUAUCAGUCAGUGCCCGCAUUUAUGAGUUCCUACCAGUCUACUCCUCGCUUUGGUCGCGGAUACCACACCGUUUCCGUUGUCCCACCGGCGACGGCUGUCUCUAAAUUACCAACUUAUGCAUCUUAUAACCCUGCACCAGCAGUCCCAACUUACACUACAACGCCAGUUGUACGCCCCAUAUAUCACGCUGCUCCAGCCAUUCCCACUGCUCCAGCUGUGUCGAUAACAACGUAUUCAGCAGCGCCAGUAGUACGUCCCAUAUACCACGCUGCUCCGGCUGUUUUUACAGCUCCAGCUGUGUCCAGUUUAACCAAGUAUUCUUCUUUCCAAUCCUAUCCGUCUGUCUCUACCGUUAUGUCAAAACCAGCUUUUAACCGUUAUCAGUCCGUGCCUGCAUUUAUGCGUUCCUACCAGUCUACUCCUGGUUUUGGUCGCAGCUACCACACCGUUUCUGUUAGGUACAAACCUACACUACAACGCCAGUUGUACGCCCCAUAUACCACGCUGCUCCAGCCGUUUCUAUUACUCCAGCUGUGUCGACCUUGA